UUAUGCCAUUGCUAUUUAGUUUCAUUAAUUUCAUUUUGUUUUGAGAAACUGAAUUCUCAUCCUAAAAAGAGUGAACCGUCCAUUAAAUAGGCAUCCACAUCACUAAGCUUAUCUUAACACCUCACUUAUUUUUAUGGCUAUUGAUUUAUGAAAGACUAUGUAGCGGCUUAUCAUUAAGUCAAUUUUUAUUUUCUAAUAAUUCAUGUAUAGAAUUAAAAAAUAUUUAUUCUUCGUAGUAGUUUUUUCAUUCAUACACCAUUCAUAAAUCUUAAGUCAUUUGUUAAGUUUUUUUAAUUUCAAUUCAUACUUUUUAGAAAGAUGCAAUAUAUUUGUGGCCAUCGAUAACUACAAAUAAAAAAUCUUAGAAGAUGAAUUAUUUCUUUCUCUAUUUGUUCUAUAUAUUGUAGAUCUAGGCGUGUCCAUUCCGUGGCCAGUCUUGAAAGAUUCUUGAAGGCUUUUUGCUUGGAUCAGAGCUAGCGUGUCCAUUCCCUAGCAUUUGAUUAAGUCUUGAGAGAUUCUUGGAGGACCUUUCUCUUGGAUCAGGCUGUUUCCACUGAUUCUCUAAUGGCUGAUGUGUCUAGUAUGAUAACAACACUUUUGGGCAAUCUAGAAACAAAAUAUUUUCAAGACAUUGCUCUGGUAUUUGAUCUUAAGGAUGAAUUGGAGGAACUUCAAAGAUUAAUGGGAGUCCUCUCUGCCUGUUUCUCUGACUUUGAUACCGAGAACAAGCAUACAGAUAAUAUGUGGUGGAGGGAAGUCAGAAAGGCACUUGAUGAUGCUAGAGUCAUUUUUGAGGAAAUAGAGUAUGAGGCAAAGCGUAAUGCAGUGGUCAAAAUGAAAGGAAGCAUCAGCACAAAGAUAUUCAUAUUCUUCACAUGCUUUAGGAGUCCAUAUGCAUUUCGCAUCAAGAUAGCCAACAGAAUCCAGGAUAUAAUGCAGAAGAUACAUGAGCUAAUAUCGCAAGGAAGAGAGAGUGGAAUAAUUGAACAUGUCAACACUCGAACUCGGGAACUCACAUGGGCAAAAAAUCCUUAUACAUGGGACCAAUUUAAGCCUGUUGGUAGACUUGAAGAGAAAGAGGAGAUUAUAAAGUUAUUAAUGAGACAACAAUCACAUGCUAAUAAUGUUGAUGUGAUAUCGAUUGUUGCGAUGGGAGGUUUGGGAAAGACUACACUUGCUCAAAUGAUUUAUAAUGAUGAUAGAGUGAAGGAGCACUUUAAUAUGUUAAUGUGGGCGUGUGUGUCUGAUGCUUUUGAUUUAAGGAACUUGAUACGAAGAAUUAUUCAUGCUGCCUCAAUUUAUAUUGAUGCGAAUUCUAGUUUGGAACAUAUGGUAUCUCUUCUCAAUGAAAUGUUACAUGGUAAGAGAUUCUUACUGGUGCUAGACGAUGUUUGGAUUAAAGGCCACGACAAAUGGGCUGAAUUGAAAAGUUACUUGUUGAAGGAAGGUAGUGACGCAAAAUCAGAAGGCAGCAAAAUUAUAGUCACAACUCGUAGCAAGGAUGUUGCUUCUAUUGACGGGAAUGGUCAUAUAAUCGAGUUACAACCACUUUCUGAGGAUGAAUGUUGGAAAGUGUUUGCAAACUUUGCAUUCAAAGAAGAGAAUGAAGAAGACAAGUAUCCAUGGCUCAAGCAAAUUGGGAAACAAAUUGUUGAAAAAUGCGAAGGAUUGCCCCUCGCUGCAAAACUUUUAGGUUCCUUCCUGUUUACCCGUGAGAAAUUUAUGUGGCAAGAAAUAAAAGAUGCAGAGUUCUGGAAACUAGAUGACAAUAUCUUGUGGUCACCUUUGAAAUUGAGCUAUGAUCACUUGUCACCAAUAUUAAAGCAAUGUUUUUCAUACUGCUCUUGUUUUCCAAAGGGUUAUGAAUACAAUGUUACUGAUUUGAUUAUGUUUUGGAUGGCACAUGGCCUUCUCCAACCGACACAUGAAGGGCGACAUGUAGAAGAUAUUGGAAACCGGUAUAUUAUGGAUCUUAUUUCAUCAUCUUUGCUUCAAAUUCAAGGUCCUUCUUUUUACGACUUCCUUCAUUUAGAAAAUCCAAUGCCGUAUGAGACAGUCAAAAUGCAUGGUGUUUUAUAUGGUCUUGCAAAAUCAACAAUGAAAGAGUUAGAUGAGACCAGAACCAUUGUAUCACCAUGGCUAAAAGAAGAAUGGAAAUGGGCAUCCAAGAAAUUCAACUCUGUAAAGGCGUUGCACUUACAACAUAUGGAAUUGAAGGUUUUGCCUGAUGAUUGCUUUGCCAAUAUGAAGCUUUUAAGAUACCUAAAUCUUGGAGAUUGUAUUUUGGAGAAACUCCCCAUUUCUAUUUGCACGUUGCAAAAUCUACAGUUUUUGAAUCUUCAUCGUUGUCACAAUUUACAGGAGCUUCCCAAAAAUAUGGAAAAUCUCGUCAGCCUUCAAGUUUUGUUUUUGACAGUCAAUGCUAUAAAUUUGUCCUCUCUGAAUAUAGGGCGCUUCCAACAACUUAAGACCUUAUUUCUUUUGGAUUGUGUGAAUCUAUUGUCCCUACCGGCUGCUAUCGGUUGCUUGAGUACUUUAAGGAAGCUAUUGAUUCAUGGGUGUGAUGAGCUGAUGAAUUUUGAGGAUGAAGAUGAAGAAGAAAAGCAACAUGUAGAAGAUCAUUAUUUAAACCUUAGAGUACUUGAGAUUGUUGGAUCACACAAGUUGGAAGCAUUACCUAAUUGGCUUAAAAGAGCUGGCAAAUUAGAAAGUUUGAGGAUAGCGGGUACAAGGAUAAAAUCAUUCCCAGAAUGGUUUCCAAUCUCUUCCUCUCUUGAGAGACUAGAUAUCUAUUCUUGUCCAAAAUUGUCAUCUCUCCCCAUAGCCAUGGAUCGACUUCAUCGUCUGCAACAUUUAGAAAUUGUUGAUUGUCUCAAAUUGUGGGCAAGGUACAACAAGCAUACAGGUCCAGAUGUGCACAAAAUUAAUCAUGUCCCACAUUGCAAGGUUGAUUAUUAUUAUUGAAUAAAGAUUUAAGGCCAGGGAAGAAAGGAUAUUGAAAGGGUCUUUUGCUAUUAUUGCAUCAUCAACAUGGAGAGUGAGCAAAGAGGUUAAAUGGAUAUGAAGGUUGAGAAGACAAUGAAGGUGGUACCCAUGUCACUUCAAGAAUUAGGUUAUUUGGUUCUAUUUUGUUUUAUUUUGUGUUGUUCCCGUUCUGAUUGCUUUGUAGCCUUUGUUUGGCAGAUGAUGUUUUUAGCUAUUACUUUAGUCUGUGUCCAUGCUUCUGUUGCUUUUGUCUGUUAAAACUAAAAUAAAGCCAUGUUUUUAGCUAUUAGAGUUUCUUUAGUUUUGGGGUGUGAACUAGGUUUGGUUCAUUUGUGUUUGUCUUUGGAUUAGUAUUUGUAUUUGUCUAUGAUGACAGUAAAAUUUCAUUAUCACUGUUGUGGAGAGUGAAUAUAGAUCUUGUUACACUGUGAGGUUGAACUAAGAUAUAUAUGAUGUUAUCUUCCCCUCUUUCUUU